AUGUUGUUUUUUGGCAAGGUACUCUCUGGUAGUGAAGUUGUUGCCGAAAUUGAACAUAUCAAAGUGAAUGCACGUUCUUGUCCAACAGCUGUUGCAAUUGUCACUAAUUGUGGUGAAUUGGCAAGCAAGAGGAAAAAGGAAGCGUAUAGUUCCGAAAGCGAAUCGUCGGAUAGUGAGAAGGAGAAGGCCAAGAAGAAGCAUCGCUACGAGAGAGCGACAGGUCUUCAUUUUUUUGCAGUUAAUCUCAGCAUUCCUUGUCCAUUAGUUGUAGUAGUGUGAGG